AUGAAACCAGUCGUGUCUACAUUCCAAGCAUAUUGCUGCUUCAUACUAUCAUCAUUUGCUAUUGUUAUAUUAUCAAUAAUAGGAUACUUGUUCAACACGAAUAGUGAAUCGUUCAUGGGCUCGAUAAAUGACCCAGAGGAUGGAAAGGCUGUAGCUAACACGGUAUUUGGUGGUGUUUUUGUAUACUUAGCGUUUUUCGUCUUUUGCGGUUUACAAAUACUUUUGAUUAAGAGGCAGAAUAGAAUCAAAUUGUGA